ACAGACGAUGAGAAUUGUGUUUGUUAAAAACGCGCGAAACGGGUGAUGAAACAGUUUCGGUGAUGAUGAUUUCGGGUCGCGUCAGGCGGUUGAUGUGCGGUUCGUAUGCGGUUUUUUCGGUGGGUUUUUGAAGCGGAAAUUAUGAGAGGAAUCGAUGGGAUUCGGGUGCACCUUUUGCUGGAACUUCUCCUGCCAUUCCUGCUGUCGUACGCCGCGAAAGGAGCGGUAGUGGCGCCUCCGUGGGCCAAUCCCAAACUAAACCCGUGCGCCUCGCACCCCAGAGGUUGGCAGUUACUCUUCUGGCCGCCCGACGGGAAAUGUUACAAAAUAUUCCAGGUGGGUUAUCCUUGCCCCAACGGCAUGGAAUUGACUCCGUCGUUGAGUAAAUCGGGUCAAACGUUAUCGGCGGAGUGCCGGUGCGUACCGGGUACCGCCCAAUCGGCCUCCGACGGCGCCUGCUAUCGAUUAUUCACCGCUGGACCGUGCCAAAUGGGCCAGUACUUCGGCCCCGACACCCAAUACAAAAGCGAAAAUUCGAAGCGACAAUGGGGCACCUGCAAGCCAAUCAAAACCUGCUCGUCGGACGACAGCACCUUGUAUUGGCCCAAAGACGGGAAAUGCUACGAGAAACACACCAAAGGACCCUGCCCCAAAGGUCAAUUACUUACGAUCGAUAGAAAUAGUUCGAUACCGACGUGCAAAUGCGACGACGAAGAAUUGCGAAUUUACCGCCACUUCGACGGAUCGUGCUACCGACAUUACACCAAAGGCCCUUGUUUGGAAAAGGGCCAAUUGUAUCUGCCGGAUAAAACCUGCGGAUGCCACCCGCUCUUGCCCAACUACCACGAACCGACGCGACAAUGCUUCGAACUCGGUACGCCCGGCCCGUGCGCCCGAGGCCAACACUACGUCAUCGACGACUCGAAGCGAGCCGAGUGCGCCUGCAAACCGAGCCACGUCCGCCACCGCAACACCACCGCCUGCUACAGACUCUACACCCGGGGACCCUGCCCCGAGGGGCGUAUCCUGCUCGACGCCGACACGUGCGCGCGCCAGCCGUGCGCCCGGGGCUCCUUGUACUUCCCCGACGAGAAUCGAUGCCAUCGGGUGGGCGCGCGCGGCCCGUGCUCGCCCGAUCGCGUCGUCGCCUUCGACUUCGAAGCGCGCCCUUCCGUAGACGGUUUGAGCUACAACGGGGUGUGCGCGUGCGCUCUAACCGAUUGCGAAGGGGUAGGCGAGUACUGCGAUAGGCUCAAGGGAUUGGUGAGGUACCGAGGCGAGUGUCACAAGAUGUAUACGCGCGGGCCGUGCGCGCGCGGCUCGUGGCUCGUGCCGAAGCGAAACGGUAGAGACGAGUUGUUCGUCGAUGGUACGAGGGAGCGCGUCGGUACGUGCGAAUGUAUACCGGGGUACGCGAGAAAGUCGCCGAGCGACGGCGACGCUGCUACGGUGACGUCGUGUUUGUCGCCGGCCGUCGCUUUGGCGGAGUAUUUGAACGGGAAUCGGACUCGCUUGCAGGUCGAUUUGGGUUCGUA